AUGCAGGCUGGGCUGCGGGGCGCGAGGAGAAGCGAUGGAGCUGCGGCGGACGCUCCAGGUGUGCUGCUUCCAUCGGCACCUGCUUCAGCGCAAGAGGAGCCCCUGGAUGGUCUCUCCGCCCUGCCGGUGGCGCACCGAGGCCCCGUCGGCCAGCUCUACCGGACAGAGGGGGCUGCUGAAGAGGACCCUCCUGGGAACAGCGGUGGCCCUUCCCCUGGCGACGGGCAUCUACUACAGCUUGGCAGAGAAACAGGACCAGAGGAAGAUGCGGUUGCUGGCUGGCGGUGUGGUGCGCUUUUUCAGGUCCCUGCGGCUGGGAAUCCAGAUCUCCUUGGAUUACUGGUGGACCAACCACAUCGUCUUGAGAGGCCUGGACGAGAACAGCCCGGAGUACGUGGCCGCUGUGUCCAGGUGCCACCAGCGCUCGGCCGAGAGCAUCGUCUUCGGGGCCAUCCAGAACGGGGGUCUCUACAUCAAGCUGGGCCAAGGCCUGUGUGCCCUCAACCACAUCCUGCCCCAGGAGUACGUCAACACGCUGCGCACCUUGGAGGACCAGGCGCUCAGGCGGGGAUACUCGGAGGUGGACGAUCUCUUUCUGGAGGACUUUGGCGCCAGGGCGGACCAGCUCUUCCUGGAGUUCGACUACCAGCCCAUUGCGGCGGCCAGUUUGGCCCAGGUGCACCGGGCUCGGCUUCACGAUGGCACCCCGGUGGCCGUAAAGGUGCAGUACAUCGACCUGAGGGACCGGUUUGACGGGGACAUCCGCACCCUGGAAUUCCUGCUCUGGAUCGUGGAGCAGAUGCACCCCAGUUUCGGCUUCAGCUGGGUCUUGCAGGAUCUGAAGGGCACCCUGGCCCAGGAACUGGACUUUGAGAUCGAAGGCCACAACGGGGAGCGUUGCGCCCAGGAGCUGAAGCACUUCCGGUUCGUGGUGGUUCCUCGCGUCCACUGGGAGAAAAGCAGCAAGCGGGUCCUGACCGCCGAUUUCUACGAGGCCUGCAAAAUCAACGACCUGGAGGGGCUGCUGAGGCAGGGCCUGAACCCCAAGGAUCCAGCAGAGAAACUGAUCAAGAUGUUUGCCGAGCAGAUUUUCUUCACCGGAUUCAUCCACGCGGACCCCCACCCGGGAAACGUGCUGGUGCAGAAGGGCCCGGAUGGGAAAGCGCAGCUGGUUCUCCUGGAUCAUGGCCUCUACGAGGUCCUUCGUGAGAAGGACCGAGAAGCUCUGUGUAAGCUCUGGCGCGCCAUUAUCCUGCGGGACAACGCCUCCAUGCAGCUCUACUCCAAGCAGCUGGGUGUAAAAGCCCAGGAUUACUUCCUCUUCUGCGAGAUCCUGCUACAGCGGCCCAUCAACAUGGCGGAGCUGGCGCUUUCGAAUGUGCUGACCCAAGAGGAGACCGCUUACAUGCGUGACAUGUCUAAGCACCGCUUCGACUGCAUCAUGCGGGUGCUGAGGGACCUGCCCCGCUCCAUGCUGCUGGUCUUCCGGAACAUCAACACUGUGCGUGGCAUCAACGUGGCGCUGGGGGCCCCCGUGGACCGCUACUACAUCAUGGCCAGGAGUGCGGUGAAAUGCUGGAGCCGCACAGUCAGCCAGCGAUCCGGUAUGUUGGCCAACUUCUUCCUCAUCCGUUGGAUCCGGGCUUUUUGGGACAGCCUUGUGUUCGAGCUCACUCUCAGGGUCCAGGUCACCUCCAUGAAGCUGACCACCUCCUUGAUCCAAUUCCUGGUUUAUGUCGGCUUCCUGAAGCCCAGCGAAGAGCAGGAGGGACUCUACCAGCUCCUGCACGCCUGAGCGAAGGGCCCAGCAGAUGCCCGGGUGCCCAGGCGGGCAAGCACAGAGACGGCCGUCAUGCCCGCAGUCGGUGGGCAUCCCAAACCGGGACGUGCGAGGAAGCCCCCUCCUCUUUCUGGAGCAGAGCCUGAUCGAUGGGCGGUUUUUUAAUUAGUUCAGAAAAACUUGAAUAAGGGGCAACUCGCCUUAUUUAACUUAAAAUAACUCAGUGAGCCAGAAAUGAUGCUGUUUAAGCAAUUGGGGGUCAGGUGGGGUGGGGGGGUGUCUCUUUUCUUUCCUCUUCACCCAAAUCCACGUGGAAGGGGGGAUUUCUCUGGAGCCCACAGCCCAUUUUGUUCUGCGUUUAAAGGAUGGCAGGAGGCAGUUGGUGGGCUAUAAACAUGGGACUCUGGGGCUCUUGGAGGGCCGGUGGACAGGGAGCAAAGUACCCAACGAGGCCCUUCCAGGGGGGGAUUGUUGGGGGAUAAACCCUGUUGCCCCCACAACUACCUGGAGGGCUGACACUGGAUCAACUCUGUACUUAGCUAGGUUCCUGAGUCCCACAAGGCCCAGGAAAGAUUCCUCUUGUAGCUGGGAUCAAACAAAUGCUUAAAAGCUCUUCUUUGCCUGCUGUCCUGCAACUGCCAAUAAAGGAGAAUAUUUAUAGCUC